AUGUGUAGCCAUCUGGACACUCUUUUGCCGGACACGGAUCUCAAGCUCCACCUCCACCAAGACUUCUGGCGACACCGACGAAACUGUGUGCGAUGUGGUGGACAGGUCAAGGCUGGAGGAUACAGAUGGCAAAAGGCAAACUGUGUCCUGGAACACCUUGUGAAGCGAACAGGCAUCACCAUCAAGGACAUUAGCGAUGACGCAGUCGAACCAAAGAAAGCCGCAACCAAGAAAGGCGUCAGCGACGAAGCGCAGAUUGCGAAAGGCUUGGUCAAGGCAAGCUACGUGAUUGACGACGACUUUGAUGCGGUCACGGGUGGAACAGGGGCUAUACGAGAAGUCUGGAUUCCGGAUUACAGCAUGGUGGACAGCGAGAUGCAAAUUAAGGAGGACGUGGUGGAAUGUUGCAGAAUGUGCACUGAGGAGGAAAUUUGA